GAGAUCAAAAACUAAAUUUUCUGCUCCCGCAAGCUUCAAAGUUUUCAAGCCAUCAAAGCUUUCUUGCCCUCCCAAGUUCACAGGCUUCCGAUACGAUGGCUUCCAAAACUCGUGUGGCCGUGUGCCUCCUGUUUGCCAUCGCCCUGCUGGCCAGCAGCGCGACCGCCACCGCCACCGCCAACACCGUCGAGGGCGACAACGUCGCUGCUCUCCCAAAUAUCCUCCCCUUCGUCAAUCUCGGCCGCAAGCUCGCGUCUGACGGUGGCAGCAAGGCUGGCCCUCCUCCCGUGAAGUGCACCUACGCUAAGGGGCCCAAGGGCAUCAACAAGGUCUGCACUUGAAACCAGCACUCAGUGGGGUGCAGUGAGCAGCGCUGCCCCCAGAGCAGAGGCCGCCAAUUGCCUUAGAAUCGUGCAGUGCUGAACAGAAGUCAGAUGAACCAAACAGAACCAUUUUGAACGCAUUCAUUGGCCCUGCCGAUUGCGGGGUAUCCCUUUAGAUAGCGCUACCGUAGACGUUUUGUCAGGUGUCUUGUAGAAUACAGUCAUGUGCUUGGUUUGUGGCACAGGUCGUUUGAGCUUCUUGUAAUUCGCUUUCAUAGUCUUUA